AUGAGACUUCAGUCAUCCCAUGAUAACAGCAAGCUCAUACAUCCUACAAAGUUGAUUCGCGAGGGUGAGGCCAAAAAUAGCCAGGGACUCAUGUCCUCCAGUAAAUCUGGCGCAGGCACCUCUGAAAGCCGCAAGAAAAGACUUUCACGCGGUUGGCGCGACUUGUUUGGCAGAAAGAAGGGUCCUCAAACCCUGAUCCCAAACACUUCGAGUACACAUGAGAGUUCCGACACCGAAUCAGUGGAUAAACACGCUCACAAACCCUCCAUAACUAUAGAAGACGCGUCCUAUUCUCAGAGCGGACCCGCAGAUGUUGGCGCCUUACCGUACGCCGACGCGCUGCUGCCUAUACCAAGUGCGCAGAGCCGGCAUUCGCUUUCAUCUCAUCACUCGAAAGGGAGCUUGACUUCGAAUCUCAUAGAUGCUCAAAAUGAGAAUCAAUGGAAAAUGGCAUACGAGAUCGCUAUUGGAGCGCUCAACGAAAACGAGAGAUCGCAGAUCAACCCCGACACAAUAUCCUGCACUACGGUGUACUCGGUUCUCGAUGCCGCAAACAAGGCUCGAGCCGACCGAGACGAAAGCAAGUGGCGGUAUACUAAGAAUGACGGGGAAGUAGUAAUACUCAGAGACCGGUUCGAUAAAAUUGUUGAAGGGUUCACCAAGUACGCUGGAUUGAUUGGGUCGACAGUUCAGCGGCAACAGCCAGAGGCAACAGGUCUCGUAUGGGGUGCCGCACAAUCACUUGUAGAGAUGUACCUAAAUCAUAAGGAGAAUGUAGACAUGAUAGAAGAAUCGUUGAAAACGAUCGCAGUUUCGAUGGCCAACUGUGAAUUCUAUGCAUCGAUCUUUGCAAGUGCACUUCACAGACGAUUUACAAAUCCAGAGACAUCUGCAGCUUGGGAUAAACAGGUAGAAGCUGCAUUGCCCGAAUUCUACGCUACCAUACUGGUGUUUGCUAUCAAAGUAAAGAGGUUCUUUGUGUCCUCUACCACUGGGAAAAUUAAACAUUCUCUCAAGCCAACUUCCUCAAGUUUCCGACCUCACUUGGCUCAAAUUGAAGACAAAGAGAAAAAAUUGAAGCGAUUGGCGACUAUGGCUACUAUGGACGGCGUCAAAGGUAGCUAUCCUAAAUGUGCACAGGCCCAAGGGAAACUGAACGAAUUUGUAGAUCUUCGGCAAAAAUUGGAUAUCGUUUCCGAAAUGAAAGAUCUUUUUGUCCAAAUUUCCGAUGAAAAGGCGCUACAAUGGCUCAAUGCCAGCACUUCUAAGUUAGCAUACGAUUCCAACAAGGAGAGGCGACUUGAAGGCACCUGUGAAUGGAUCUUCAAGACCGAAAAGUAUAAGACGUGGAUAAAUGGGACCGGAAAUCGCGACCUCUGGGUAGUCGGUAUACCUGAAGUAAAUAAAUCUAAAUGUGAUGGAGGUGCUGGAAAGUCUGUUCUUGCUACAAGUCUCAUCGACGAGCUACGCGAACAAGAAGAAAUUUUGACGCUCUACUUCUUCUUUCGAGAUGGAGAAACUUUGACAGUAUCACCUUCAGAAAUGGUGGCGAGCAUUAUUGCCCAGCUCAUCAGAAGCGAGAUGGAUACAGAACGACUUAUGCGUCUCCUGAAGUUACGAGUCCGAUCGAGCUCGUACUUCACAGGAGAGAAGAAUGAUGCCAGAGACCUUGAAACACUCUGCGCUACAUUGAUAGAGAUGGUUCAAGGAUUUCCUAUCCCCGUUAUCAUACUUCUUGAUGCCCUUGAUGAAUGUACCGAUCCAUCGAGUGUCGCCCAUCAUUUAUUGGAACCCUCUAGGAAUCCAUCGUCUAUCGCGCACCUCAUGUUGAUGCCAACUGUAGGCUUCGAGCCCCCUAUCCGGUUCCUUUUGACGGGGCGACCAAAUGUCCACGAUAUCUUUGCCCCACUGUCAUUUGUAUCGACACUUGACAUGGAGGUUAACGAAGAUAUUCGCAAAUUUGUGAAUGAAAAAGUGGCAGACAACGAAAGUCUACGUCACCACGAGAACCAAAUUGUCGCUACAAUAUAUGAGAAUUCUCAAGGAAUGCUUAGAUAUGCAGCGCUUGAGAGCGAUGCCAAAGGGGAUAACAGGGAUGUACGAGCUUAUACUACGUCGGCUUGGCUCGAGAGGGGGCGUAUGGGAGCACCAGAUGCGGCGCAAACUACUCCUAUGGGUAACAUUGGCCAACCGGCCAGUCAAAGUGCCAGAGAUGCAAUACGCAUGUAUAAGUAUGGAUGGACAGAAAACAUUCGACCCAGAUGCAUCAACGAUGAAGACCAGCUACGAUUCACACACCGUACUGUCAAGGAAUUCCUACUCCAACCUCUCGAUAAAUUGUCUGAACUCUCUCGUGCCAACGACAAGGUGACAUCCUGCAUGGUUAACGAGGCAGAAGGGAAUGCAUGGAUGGCUAUGACAUGUGACGAUAAAGAGCAGAUGGAGGGAGUGAUGGAAGCUGAAGCUGAAGGCGGGGCCGGGAGAAAGUCAUUGCAUCAAUCACCAUUCAACUAUGCCGUUUGUUACUGGCUCAAGCAUGCGAUGGACAUACCUCAUGGGAUGGAAACCACCCUACUUUCGAAGCCCCUUUGGGAACUCGUGAGGGAUUUCUUCUGGGAUCAAAGCGGAUACUCCUCUGGCUCCAGCUCCUUGAGGUGUCUCAGUGGUUACGCAAAAAAGUCCGAUAUCACCGACUGUCUUCAAGUGGCAGCUUCCUACAGACUUGUAGAUAUCCUUGAGUGGGCUCACCCUUCAGGGGUCGAUUUCAAUGCACAAAAUGGUUUCGGUGUAUCCCCUCUUAUGUACACUGCGCUGCUAGGAGAGGAAGACUCCGCAAGAGUAAUCCUCUCCAGGAGUGACGUGGAUAUCAAUCGAACCAAAUGCGAAAGUUCUACCUCUCUAGCAGCUU